AUGCUGAGAUUCCUCCGUAUCCUUCUAACAGGUGGGGUCAGACUAGUGGAUGGGGAGAACAGGUGUUCUGGCAGAGUUGAGGUACUCCAGCAUGACCAGUGGGGGACCGUUUGCGACCAUGGUUGGGACCUCCGGGAGGCUGAUGUGGUGUGCCUGGAGCUGGGCUGUGGCUUAGCCGAGUCCGCCCUUCACGGUGCAGCAUUUGGCAGAGGCAGAGGAGAGAUCUGGCUACGGCAUGUCCAGUGUGCUGGACAUGAGUCCAGUUUGACACGCUGUGCUGUUGUCCUUCACAGUAACUCCUACUGCACCCAUGAGAAUGAUGCAGGGGUCAAAUGCUCAGGUACCCUUUUAAUGCCCACCCUCACCCUGCUGUCACCUCACAAUGUGUUCUCUCCCGGGGAGGCCGUUCGCUUCGGCUGCAGUGUCCUGCUGGGUCACCACCUCAGCGACUUUCACCUGUACAAACAGGGAGUGUCCACACCGCUGGUUACACAGAGGGCAGACCACACCCAGGCCAGAGCAGAGCUGACACUGUCUGACAUAGAGACUUUCCAUCAGGGCAGCUACAGUUGUCGGUACAGAAUCAGAGGCGGCUUUCCUUCUCAGCUGCUCAACUCUCCACCCAGCAACUCCAUCAACAUCACUGUGGUGGAACUCUUGACACCUCAUCACUGGUUCAACACAUCCACUGAGGCCCCGGCUGGUUCCGUCAUUAAAGGCCACAGUUUUAACAUCACGUGUUCCACCCUGCAGCAGUACCCUGGAGGUUCUUUCCAGCUGCGUCUGAUCCGCUCCAACGGCACAGUGCGCCAGUCUCUGCCUGCCCUCACCCCGUCCGUCACAUUCACCUUUCCCAAUGCCCAGACCUCGAAUGAGGGCUACUACUACUGCCUGUAUCGGGUCCAGCUGGGUGGACGCAUCUUCGUCUCCAGAGAAAGCCAGCCCCUGCCUAUAGCCAUCAGAGACCCAGAUCCAGUACUGAGUCCAGUGGUGAUCAGCUGGCUUGUUUCCGGCCUGACAUUUGUUGUAGCUGUCAUCAUUAUAAUCAUUGUGCCCAAGGUACUGUGUAACAAGGACAAGAAGCCUUCUGAACUGGAGCGAGAGACCAGAACCUGUGUGGACAACACUUAUGUUGCCUUAUCGAUUAACAAGCUAUGAUGGGAGUAUGCAGGCAACAGAUGACUAAAGGGAUUGCAGAAUUGCUAUUGAGCGGCCAGUCUGAAGGCUUUGUCUACAUGGACUCAGGCAGUAGGGGAUGUAACAGAACAAAACGGCUCGGUUGUUCUUCCACCACACCUUUGGAAAUGGAACAAGUGGAACCCAGUCUGGAUUGAGGCAUGUUUUCACUGGACACUAACACAGAUUUAUCCAAGACUGCACUGCACUAUUCUGUCAUACCAAACGUCAGGCUGCUGCUGGGAAACUGUCUGUUUUGCAUUACAUGAUUGUGAGAUCUAAGUUAAAGACCACAGGAGCCUGACGGACAGUAGAAAGCAUUUCUAGUUCAAAAGCAGUACUGGUUCAAUCUAGACUCCAGAUUCAGUCUGACUUGGCUAGCGCUACGACUCCAGAUGUAUGGAGUCAAAAGCUGCUCCUGAAAGCUAAACUGGGACAAGUGUGACAUGGAUUCCUCAGGUCUCUGUUUAUAUGCAGUUUAAAAACACUUUUUUGUAUUUAUUAACAUGUAACACUAAUGACAGGCUCCACUAGCUUAUUAUAUACUCACUUCCACAGAGCAAUGAUUUGUAUUUUAAGUCUAACAUAGCUAUUCAUCUCACAUCAUUAACAACAUACAUCACUGCAGUUGGAGUCUGUUAGUAGAGGUUGUAGUUCAUUAAAAUGCUGUUGUUGGAGCUUCCUGUUUCUUUUGACUUUUGUGUCAGAGCUUUGACAGUCUUUAGCUCCCACGGUGCGUACUGUAGGUUC